AUGCCUUUGCCAUGUAAAUCCCUGUUACGGACCCUCACCACUCUUUUGGCCCUCUUUCAGGCCACCGAUGCUGCUCUAUUCCAUAACUUUGCGGAGUUGCCCACAAACACGUACGACUACAUCGUCGUGGGGGGCGGAACUGCGGGAAAUGUGAUCGCCAAUCGCCUCACAGAGAUGUCUUCGCUGCAAGUUCUCCUCCUCGAAGCAGGUGUUUCAAACGAAGGAGUAACAGACUCAAUCGUUCCCUUGCUGUGUCCCCUCGCAUCACCCGGAACCCCGUGGGACUGGAAUUUUACGACUACCCCCCAAGCUGGCCUAAACAAUAGAACCAUACAAUAUCCCAGAGGCAAGCUUUUAGGCGGAAGCAGUUCCAUCAACUAUAUGGUUUACACGCGUGGUUCCUCCGACGACUGGGACCGUUAUGCGGAGCUGACUGGGGAUCCCGAUUGGUCUUGGUCUGCCAUUCAGCCGUAUAUCCGCAAGAACGAGGCUCUCAUCCAACCAAAUGACAACCACAAUACGACCGGACAGUUCCAAGCGGCGGUGCACUCUACUGCAGGCGUGGUGGAUGUGUCGUUGCCAGGAUUUAGUUGGCCAAUCGAUCAACGCGUCAUCGACACCACGCUCGAGCUCAAUGACUUCCCGUUCAAUGAGGAUAUGAACGACGGCGACACCAUUGGCGUGGGAUGGACUCAGGGAACGGUGGGAAAUGGCCAGAGGAGCAGCUCAGCUACAGCAUACCUUGCUCCACAGUAUCUGAACAGAUCUAAUUUGCACGUUCUCGUGCAUGCACAGGCCAUCAAGCUCGUGGAGGACGACUCCGAUGGGGGGCUUACGAGGUUCGCUGCUGUCGACUUCGCGUCCAACUCAACAGCACCCGUGCAGCGUGCCUUCGCCAACAACGAGAUCAUCGUUUCUGCCGGUUCCUUCAAUUCACCGCAUCUCCUCAUGUUAUCCGGGAUCGGCAACAAGACAGAACUGGCAUCCUAUGAUAUCGAUUCUGUGGUUGAUUUGCCUAGCGUUGGCAAGAAUAUGUCCGAUCAUCACCUGAUCGCAGGCGCAUUCUACGUCAACACCAAUUCCACCAUAGACUCGGUUUUAGCCCCUUCUGCCUUCAGCGCUGAAUUGGAACACUGGAAUACGACGAAGCAAGGCCCGCUGUCGUGGACGAUAACAAACCAUAUCGGGUGGUUCAGAUUACCUUCGGAUGACGAGAUCUUCGACAGUACGGAAGACCCAAGUGCCGGACCCAACUCUUCGCACUACGAGCUGAUUUGGACUCCUGGAUUCGCCAUCCCAGGUAUGACCCCGCCUACCGAAGGAAAUUUCAUGACCAUCUUCAUGAAUGUCAUUUCCCCUGUUUCUCGCGGGUUUGUCGCCAUCACUACCAAAGAUCCUUGGACGUUGCCAGUUGUGGAUCCCAACCUUUUGGGCGCCCCAUUCGAUGUUCAUACGGCAAUCCAAGCUAUCAGAGCGGCUCUCAGGGCGAACACUGCCAGCGCCUGGGACGGUUUUCUGGCAGGUGCAUACGGCGAACUUGCGACGGCCAACACCGACGCGGAUCUUGAACGAUACGCUAGGAACACAGGAGCAGCGGCAAGCGAUUUAAAUGCCAGCUACGGAGUUGUCGAUCCAGAUUUUAGGGUGAAAGGAACUAGAAAUUUACGUGUAGUAGACGCGUCCGUGAUUCCGAUGGUUCCCAGCGCACAUACUCAAGCACCGGUCUACAUCUUUGCUGAACGCGCUGCAGAUUUGAUUAAAUCGGAUUUGGCGACCUCUUUCGCUUCUCCAUCCUUGGGUGAGCACAAGUGA